AUGAGUCCAUUCAAGGCCUUGUAUGGCUAUGAUGCUCCAAGAGUUAUGACAUAUAUUCCUGGUUCUACAGCUGAUGCUACAGUAGAUGAUGAAUCGAGAACUAGAGAUGAAUUACUUAACAUCAUGAAGAGAAACUUGCAAGUAGCACAAGCACGGAUGAAGAUGCAGUAUGAUAAACAUCAUUCUGAGAGGACCUUUGUAGUUGGGGACUGGGUGUAUUUGAAGUUACAGCCGUACAAGCAACAAUUUGUGCAAAAGAGGGCAGUUCCUAAGCUAGCUUCACACUACUAUGGUCCAUACCAGAUUACUGAGAAGAUUGGUGCUGUAGCAUACAAACUUAAGCUACUAAGCACUGCCGAGGUUCAAUCGGUGUUUCAUGUGUCACUUCUAAAAAAGAAGGUGGGUAAUGAUGUAUCUGUCACUGCUCACUUACGACCCAAUUUGGACCCUCACAGCCCUCAUUGGUAUCCUGCCAAAAUCCUACAGAGAGGUUUGUUUAAGAAAGAGAAUGGUCCAGUGACUAAGUGGUUAGUACAAUGGCUUGGAGGAACCGAAGAAGAGGCUACAUGGGAGGAGGCUGAUGAGUUGUUGAAGAGAUUCCCAGAUUUUGUAGCUAAGUGA